AUGAUCAGCUGCAAGUCACAAGUGGAUAAGCUGAAAAUUGUAAAAGACCACCGGAAUUUACUUGUGGAAGCCAUGUUUUACUAUGUGAUGAAUCAAAGAUUCUUUAAAAUGUCACGCAAAAAGGACCCACCUUACUUUUCACGCUCAGUUGCUGCACACGUGGUUGUUCAACCAAUUAAGGUGUAUAUAAUGAUAGGGUUCGGAUCCAUGGGUCAUGUUAUUGGUGGUGCAGUAGGAGGUAGGCUGAUCGCAUCCACCCUGGUCCAGGGUGAUGGAACACUACUUGCAACAGACUCUUAUGAUGGGCAAGCCAGAAUAUGGAGUAAAGAUGGAAAUAUUGAUAGUGAAUGGAGAGUAUCCAGCAUAUCAACUACCAACAACACUUACAAAUUAUCAUUUACCUGUAAUUUUCAGUUUAUAUUUUCAACUACAAUCGAUGGUAAGAUUAAGGCAUGGCUGUAUGACAACAUGGGAUCUAGAGUUGACUAUUCUGCCCCUAGUCAUGGCUGCACCACUAUGCCAUACAAUGUUGAUGGGAGUCGGUAA